AUGGGAGAUAAAGAGCACCAUGUACAUUUUAGUGGUGGAAGUGGAGGAAAGGAUAACAAUAUUAUGAUACAACCUCAGAGACAUGGCCACAUUGAUGCUCACUUAGGAUUCUUACAAUUACAUCAUAGAUAUCAUAUAGAAUUCUCAAUACCAUGGAACACAUGUACUCAUGCGGAAAAAGAAAAAAAAGAGGAGGUGGAAGUUCCGCCUCCGGCAAUAAUUGCAGAAAAUCACAAUCCAAACUGUCACAUUGUCGAUCUUGCACAAGAAAAAGACGUCCAAAUAAUGUGUUGUUCAUCAGGUACACCAUUGAAAAUUGUAUUAAACGCACGUGUUUUGGCGAAGGAUAAGGGCACACCAUUGUUAAGAAAUGGCAUACGCAGUAUUGCUAUAGAAGGAGUAGACGAAGACGAGAUUUCUGAAUAAAUCUGCUUGCUGUUGAGUUCUCGAUGAUAGAAGCGUCGAGCUUUGUCGAGUACCAAAAGUUCGAACAAAUAAAUAAUCGGUGAAAUUACAUAACAUUCUAAAACAGAAUGGAUAAUGCAAUCGUGAAAGAUUAAUGAAAUGUUUCGCAAGAUAAGAUGCCUACUGAAGAUUUGCCUACUGUUACUAUUUUAAACAUAUAUCACGAGCGAAAUGCUUGCAAAAGCUAUGACACCACUUAUUAUCUGCUAAUUAUAUACCCACAGAUUAU